UCAGUCCAUGGGAUCACUGUGGGGAAACAACUCAGCCACUGGGAAAGACACAAAAAGGUUUCUUACUUAGCAAAUUGUGCCAAUAUAAAAGGUUGACACUUGUAAAGAAUAUUCGCAUUGAUGACGACUAUUAUUAAAGGAGUUUCAUGAUUGGGUCCAAGGACAUUCUCAGAAUAUCCUGUGGCAUUGAGGAUUAUUUGAUUUGAGCGUCUGCAAUGACAACCCAUCAAGCGUGUAGGAUUACCAUUGCCAGCUGUGCCUUGACUCACCAGCUCCACUCAAUGGACUAAAAUCUUGAACUAAAGAAUUUGGGGGGAUUUCAUUAAAAACAGAACCAUGGGUGACUCCAUGUAUUCUGACUUGAUAGCCAGACAUUACAACUUCACAGGGAAGCUCCGGAAAGUGGAGCAGGAUUCCAGGCUCAAAGCGGACUCUGUGGUUUUCAUCAUUGUAUGUUGCUUCAUUAUUCUUGAAAAUGUCUUGGUCCUACUUACUAUUUGGAGGACCAAGAAGUUCCACAAGCCCAUGUACUACUUUAUUGGGAACUUAGCUUUAUCAGACUUGCUGGCUGGGGUGGUGUACACUGCCAACAUCCUGCUGUCAGGUGCCAACACAUACAAACUGACCCCCACACAGUGGUUCUUCCGGGAGGGUAGUAUGUUUGUGGCCCUGGCAGCCUCAGUCUUCAGCCUGCUGGCCAUCGCCAUCGAGCGCCACCUCACCAUGCUGAAGAUGAAGUUACACAACAAUGGCAACACGUGCCGUGUCUUCAUGCUCAUCAGCACCGUGUGGCUGAUUGCAGCCAUCUUGGGCGGCCUGCCCAUCAUGGGCUGGAACUGCAUUCAGAGCAUGCCCAGCUGCUCCACCGUACUGCCGCUCUACCACAAGACCUACAUCCUGUUCUGCACCACCGUCUUCAGCGUCAUCCUCAUGGCCAUCGUAGUGCUGUACGCACGCAUCUACGCCCUGGUGCGCACCCGCAGCCGCAAGAUGGUGUUCCGCAAGGUCUCCAACGGCCGCGGCGGGGGUAGCGCUAGCAGCAAGAGCUCUGAGAAGUCCAUGGCCCUGCUGAAGACCGUGAUCAUCGUGCUGAGCUGUUUCAUCGCCUGCUGGGCCCCACUCUUCAUCCUUCUGUUGCUGGACGUGGCCUGCGACAUCCGCAUGUGCCCCAUCCUGUACAAGGCCGAGUGGUUUCUGGCCUUGGCUGUGCUCAACUCAGCCAUGAAUCCCCUCAUCUACACACUCACCAGCAACGAGAUGCGUCGCGCCUUCCUCAAAACGCUCCUGUGCUGCAGCGUCUGCACCCAGCCCUCCGGCAAGUUCUCCCAGCCCAUUAUUGGUGCAGAGUUCAGCCGGAGCAAGUCGGACAACUCGUCCCACCCCAAUAAGGAUGAGCCGGAGUAUUUGCCAGGGGAGAACAUCGUAUCCUCUGGGAAUAUCACCUCCUCUUCUUAAAGAGCCUUCUGGAAUGUUGUGUGAAAAGUAGCUCCACUGCUUAGGAAGUGUGGAUGUAUAUAUGUUUUUGUGCAGUGUGCAGAUGUUUUUGUACAUUAUGUAUAUAAAUGUGUAUACGUUG